ACGAAUGUCAGCACUAGAACAAGCCUUGCCAGGAAUUCAUUAGAAAUCUUAGUUGGACAAUGAAUUUCCAAUAAAGUUUUGUUUGCUAAUCCUCAGUGCGCUAUGGGUGCGGCCAGACAGAAAGCGAGAAAGCGCACGAGAGCGUAAGCGCGCUGAAGCGACCAUAUUAUAUUCAAACAAUCCCAUAGGGGUGGCCAGAUAGGAGGCGCGCUCACGCAAGCACCCGCGGCGCUUGCUGAGGCGCGAAGCUUGUAGAUUUGUUGAGUUAAAUAUUCAAGCGCGAGCACGCGCGUGUAGUUGCCCCUGAGACGUCGUCGAGCAUGGAUGUCGAAGCUUUGAUCUGCUCCGUCCAAGCCGUGCCGGCUAUCUGGGACGCCUCGCACCCCAAGCACAGUGAUCGUCAGUACAUCAAUGACAGCUGGUCGCAGAUAUGUGAUGCAUUGAGUAUUCCAGAAUCUGUCGCCCGGAAGAAGUAUAAAUGCCUCAGAGACCACUUCCGGACAGAACUGAAAAAAGUUCCCCAUGGAAAGUCAGGAGACCCUGAAUUGCUUCCAGAGGAGUACACGGGUACAUGGCCUUUCUUCAAAAUGAUGUUUUUCCUCAAAGAUCAGAUGCAUCGACGAAAAACAAGUGGUACUUUGCAGCAAUCUUGCAAUCGUGAAAUGAUACUGCAGCAAUCUUGCAUGGAUGAAUUUCAGGUUGAAAUUCAUGAUGCAAGCAUUACCUCUACUUCGUUUCCCAAAAGCCCCGGUAGCGGAGAAACCUCGGUUGAUGCAGAACAGUUACCGGUAACAAAUUCACUUGAACCAAUUAGUAAGAAAAAGAAAGUAGAGUCCAAUUUCCAUCAGAAUUUUUUUGAUCUAGAAAAGGAAAAGCUUGAAUUGCUCCGUAAAGACCAGAGUGAUGAAGCUGACGAUUGUCGUCAGUUUCUGUUGAGUCUAGUACCUUCCAUGAAAAACAUGACACCUAGGAAACAGUGCAUGUUUCGAAUAAAAGUACAGGAAUUGGCUUUCCAGUUUUUACAUGGCGAGGAUCAACAACCUCUGUAAUAUGUUAACAAAUUAAAAUUAGAAUUGUAUUUCUCAUCGGUUACUAUGUUUUUGCACAAUAUUUUUUUAGUACUACUGGCACAGUUUAUUAAAAACAGUCAUAAAUGCAGUUAGUAUGAUAUGCUUUGUAGUCAUGGAUUAAAGUAUGAAAAUUUCAAUAAAGUAUAGCAGUUUAAUGAAAUCCAUACGAUUAUUCCUUACCUUAUCGUGACAACAAGACGUUCCUCUGGUGUAAUGGCGCGCCUCCAGUUGGUAGACUGUUUGUACAUUUCUUUCUUGAUGAUGCUGAGUAGGAGGUCGAAAGUUUCCAUCGUCAUUCCUGUAUAUUCCUUAAAUUACUGGGCGUCCUUUUUCAAUUCAUGAAACAACUGAUGGUAUUCUGCAUAUUCAUGGCGCUAUGCGUUGAUGGGAUGAAUGCCCAUUUUUGUAUUCGAACGUUGUUAUUGUAAAUGCUUGAGGUAAGAAGAAUCACUAAGCUGCACUACCGCCGAGACGCCAUCGUUGCAACUGAUCGCACCACCUUGCGUUGUGUCUGGCCACCUACACGCGUCAGCUCGCUCUAAGCUUCCGCGCGCUUCAGCUUUCUCGCUUUAAGUCCAGGCGCAGCCUAUAUCUCAUUUGUAGAAUGGUAAUGUAGUGUACGUUGUCUCAUAUUUAUUGACUCAUUUUCGGACUUAACCCGAUCAGGUUUUCCUUGUACGUUGAUGCUAAAACAAGCCGGAACAAGAAUGUAUAAAUUUAUAGACAUCGGGGCCAACCUGUGCGACGGCAUGUACCAGGGCGAGUAUCACGGUAGCAAGAAGCACGCGCCAGACUUGGACGCGGUGCUGGCGCGAGCGACGCACGCCGGUCUCGAGAAAAUUAUCGUCACGGGCACCAGCUUGCAGGAGAGCAGAGAAGCCGUCCAACUUGCCCGUGCCAAUAAGCAGCUCUACUGCACAGUCGGCUGCCAUCCGACGCGUUGCGGGGAGUUCACGGCACAAGGAUCGACUCCAGAAGAGUACUUGGCUCAACUCCUGCAGCUAAUACAGGACGGCUGCUGCACUGCUGACGGCAAGCGCGCCGUGGUGGUGGCGGUGGGCGAGUGUGGGCUUGACUACGCCAGACUCAAUUUCUGUGACGCCGACACUCAGAAGACGUACUUCGAGCAGCAGCUGACACUGGCCGAAGUGUCGGGGCUGCCGCUGUUCCUUCACUGCCGCGACGCCGCAGCUGACUUGAUCUCCAUCCUGACCCCGUGGCGGGACCGCGUGGCCGGCGGCGUAGUGCACUCAUUCGACGGCACCAAGCAGGAGCUGGCCGAUAUCCUCGACCUCGAUCUCUAUGUAGGCAUCAACGGAUGUUCCCUGCGUACGGAGGAGAACCUAGCGGUGGCCGCAAGCGUGCCUCUGGAGCGCCUCUUGCUGGAGACCGACAGCCCCUGGUGUGAAGUGAAGGCAACCCACGCCGGCUACCGCCACGUCAAGACGCACUUCGCUGAUAUCAGGAAGAAAGAAAAGUGGCAGCCAGGGGCAAUGGUUAAGGGCAGGAACGAGCCAGCUUGUAUUGUGCAAGUGCUGGAGGCGCUGGCAGGGGCGCGGGAGGAGGACCCUCAGGUGGUGGCUCAGGCCGCAUUCGACAACGCCAUCAAACUCUUCUUCAGCGCCGCCAGAUGAUAGCCCCCUCCCUCAGUCUCGUAUUGUAAUAAGGAUUUGAAGAUAACGAGAGGAUGAAGAGUGCAACCGCAUCGUGCAUUAGCUGGCCCAAAUGAGGGCGGAAGCGCGAUAGUCAGAGGACGUGAUCCAUCGUGGCCUGGGACUACUACGUCCGAAACAAAUACUGAGGAAUAGUCUGUAGGUCCUUCGAACUAUCGUCUUAGUGGCAAAAUAUGAGCACGGACGCUUUUUUUCAAUAGAAAUCUUGUUUAAUUUUAAUUAGCUAUUUUCGACGCAAAGCAUCGUCACUGUAUUCUGUUCUCUGUGUGGGGGGGCACAUAGAAAGUGGCGAGAUGCGCGCUAGGGCAUUUACAAGUCAGCAGGACGUACAAGAUUUAUUAAGAGGUGAGCGACAGGCACCAAAUACAACCCGAAUAUUCCAAGUAGUUCGUUCGAUGCAGCGUCUUGUCCUACGCAACAGAAAUAAAAAAUUAAUUUAUAA